AUGCGACUGAAGAGUCUGAUGAAGACCAUGAUGAAGAGUACAUAUAUCUGUGGUGUGCUGGAGGUGCUGGAGGUGCUGGAGGUGCUGGAGGUGCUGGAGGUGAUGGAGGUGCUGCAGGUGCUGCAGGUGCUGCAGGUGCUGCAGGUGAUGGAGGUGCUGGAGGUGAUGGAGGUGCUGGAGGUGAUGGAGGUGCUGCAGGUGCUGGAGGUGAUGGAGGUGCUGCAGGUGCUGGAGGUGCUGGAGGUGAUGGAGGUGCUGUAG